UCUAAAUCCAGCAGACACAUUCGGUUACAAGCGAAACAAACCGUUCAAGCCCCGUUGGGACCCACUUGACAACCAUCAGAGUGCUCCAAUCAUGCCAGUCGUCAUGCCCACGAAGUACCAGUGGCCGCUACUGGCCUUGCUCGCUACUGGCGCACUGCUUGGCGCAACAGACGUCCUCACGUACCGCAAGAUGAACGCGCUCAUGCACUCCACCGGCGCCCACGUCCGUCCCAAAGCCGCCGCCGUGUCGAAUUCGUUGCGCGACGCCUCCUCGUUAAGCCAACCCUCCCCCACGAAUGCUUCGUUCAGCGCCGAUGUCCUCCGUGACGACGACGACGAUCCAGUCGAGUUGACCCCCCCGAUAGUAGUCGAGCCCCCUUUCUCGGCUCCUGAAGCCCCCACCGGAUUCAUUCCUCGACCGCUGCGUGUCUUGACGCUGGCCGACAACCCACGCGCGGAGAUUUGCUUGACCGCGUCGUCCGUGUACCAAUCGGGCAUGGUGUUGCAAGUGCUGGCGUGGGACCACAGCACCGAGUUCUUUGACCAUUCGAGCUGCGGGGGGCCUUGUAGCAAAGCUAACACUGACGGCGACUUUCGAGUCGGGCAGCAGAAAAAGGUGCACUGGCUGACGCAUUACUUUGAGCACAACGCCGACCUCCACGACGACGACUUGAUCUUGUUCACGGACGCGUGGGAUGUGGUCAUUCAGCGUGACUUGCGUGAGCUCACCGCGGUGUUCUUGGCGCAGACCAACCACCAGCGCGGGGUCAUCUUCAACGGCGAACCCGGCUGUGGCGACUCGUUCACGUUGCCAGGCAUGUACGGCGACCAGCUACGCCAUGGUGCAUUCACGGUCCAGCUGGAUUCGACAUAUCCCGAACGGACGAUUCAAGGCGACAACAUGUGCAACAUGAUUGCUGCGAAAACGUCCAUGAAUUCGUUAUCCAAGGGCCCCAACUGGAGCCUCGGAUCAGGCGGCAUCCUUGGCGAUGUCCAGAGCGUCCGCGCGUUCCUCCGGCGGGUCAACCAAGUGCAUGCCGAGCAGCAGCAAAAAUUCGACCGCCGCGAGUCGCCCUUCUUCUUUUACGGCGACCAAAUCGCCUUCCAGCUGGCAUAUGUCCGGUACCCUGAAAUCAACGUCAAAGUGGACACGAGCGGCGAGAUUUUUUUCGUGACAAGUUUUUUCGUCACCCCGGGGGAUUUGGACCAUUUUACGCUACACGGCGGGUGCGACGCGUCGUAUUUCGAAGCGCACGCGCCGUCCAAACUUGCGUGGCACGGCGGAAUUCCGUUUAUUUUGCACUUUCCAGGAGGGUACAAGCACUUGAAUGCGACGUGCGCACCCAAGAUGGAACUAGCAGUCCGAGCCGCCGCGCCUGGCAAGUACAUGUUUGACGUGGACCGGCAAAAGAACGUGCUCGUGUCGUCCGUGUGCCCGACGUAUUCGUAGCCUCCAACUAGUCAACCCAACUAAACAUAUACUAACAUCCAUCCAUACCA